CGCUCGCGAAGCAGUCUUCGGUACGAGGAUUCGAAAACUUGGCAGGGUGCGAAGGCCUGAAGGGCCGCAAGGCCUCGGCGCGCUCGAGUCCCCGAGGGCCGAUACUUGCUUAUGAGCGAAAGCGGACGUCAGCGAAAGGGACCUUUCACGUGCGUGCCGUACAAAAAGGAAGUAGGGAGGGAGAAAGAAAGAGACAGAGAAAGAGAGAGAGAGAGAGAGCGCAUCACGAGCAGUGCACACACGUCGAGCAGACGGUCUUCGGCACGACCGAAAACAUGGCGAGCUGUGAUGACUAGCCGUAUAUGCACGAUUCAACGUGGUUACUGUGUCCGUGUUGCCGCUCCUCGCUGACUGAACCUCAGGAUUCACAUGACACUGCGGACGCCGCCAACGUAAUUCACGAAUCGAUCGAUCGGGCUCGUCGCACAGUCAUCCGACUAACGUUUGGUUGAAUUUAACCUUCAACAAAGGAACACAAAUUCCGAGAAGCUGAGGGGAACUAGUGACGAAGGAAGGAAAAAAGGAAUGACCGACGAGAGGAUGUCAAGCUAGGAGACCGUCUGGUCGGAAUCGCCAUCCGUGGAAAGCGAGGAUCGCUUAUUCUUAGUUAGUCUGUGACACUCCGGUGACAGUUGACGUUAAUUUACACGCGGUGGAACAAUUGAGGAUGUCGGAUGUCUGUUGAUCAUGAUUCAGCAUGUAUAGCUUCGAGGGAGAUUACAGGCGAAAGCCGCAGCAAAAUUUGUCAGGAGCUAGCAGGAGGGAUGAGAAGUCUGUGCUGUUGCAGCAUGCGCAAUUGGAGAGAUUGAAGAGGGAGCAGCAACGGAAGAAGCAUGUGGCUGCGCUAAAGAUCCAAGCGUACGUGCGUAGCUUCCUCACCAGGAAGGUGGUAUGCGCGCAGAAGAGAAGGGAGUUCGACGAGGCUCAACAGGUGGCGGGACGUAGGAACUUGACUUUAGAAGAAUUAGUGCCGUAUCUGAGGAAUCUUUUAUUCUUUUAUAAUCAUGCUUUAGACGCUAACAGACUGAUAUGGAUCCUUCAGCACUUCCUGAAGCAUCAGAAGGAGAUCAAGUUGAAGUCGAUAAAUUCAUUGCAAUGGCUGUGGAGAUUGCGGUGGAUCCUUCGCAUCUCCAUGCAGUACAAUAUACAGGCGUUGCCAGAUGGAGCGUAUUCCAUGGCGAUACCGUUGCGCGUCCUGGAGGUGUUCACGACGCGGGAGGACACGGAGAGGAUACUACGGGAGAACAGUUACCGGCAUCUAGAGAGUAUAUUCGUCUACUUGAUAAAGCACAACUACUUCGAGCAACUGAGGAAGUUGCUGGACGAGAAAGUACCGCCCAUGAUGGAGGCGACGUCGGUUGCACCGACGCCGAUCUCCAAGUGCCUGCUGGACAUGAUCAAACGUCCGUUGGACUUGAUCUUUUACCUCGAGCGCAACGAAAACUUCUCCGCGCUGGUGCUGCAAGAAUUGUGUAGAAGCAUAUUCUGCCCCGGCCUGUCCGAUUCCAUUCGCAUGUUUGUCAUACCGGCCUUGGCGGAGUUCAAGGACUUCCCGUACGUUCAGCUGAUCAGCUGCAUCAAUCGGUCCAAUCUGGUGCCCACGAUAAAUCUGCUCUACUGCGUUUUGUCCUUAGAAUCCGACCAGAUCUCAACCUGCAGGUCGGAGGACGCGCUGAGGAAUUACCUGCAAGUGCUGGCGUCGCUUACCUCGACCAUCAUGCCACUGAUCGCGGAGCAGAGCGUGAAGCAGGCCGACGACUCGGACAACGACGAGUCGAACACGAACGUGAGCGACCAGCAGCAGACCAACGUGACGCGCUCCCUCGAGAUGUUGAACGAGCAGCAGCGCGUGAGCGGCAUACUGUCGACGGUGGACCGCUUCUGGGAUCCAGCAACGUUGCUGCAGCCGCUGUGCGAGCUCUGCCAUCAUUUGCUGAUCAUCAACAAGCUGGCCAUUCACAAAUACAAACUGCUGUACACCCUCGCGUUCAAGCCCGUGUUCCUCAAACACCUGUGGACGACUCUGCUGUCGGUCUGCCAGAUUUCGCUGUUCGGUGGCGCCACGCCACUCCUGCAGAUCAUAUCGCGCGGCAUCGCCCUCUCCGCCGAGGACACCGACAGGAUAGUCCCCUUGCUCGCGGUGUUCUGCUCGCUGUUCAGCCUACUGAUCGCGACACUGCACGACACGGAGUUCUUCGUCGAGCAUUCGUCCUCGGGACAAACGUCGGACGUCGGCAGUCUGCAGCAACAGCAGCAGGCGAUGCCUUUCACCACGUCCGAGUUGGUCGUGUUGUCGAGUCACCUAAAGGGCGUCUGCCUCGGCCUGGUGGAGCUCGCGUUCCCGGACACGCGGCCGACAGUGCGUGACGAUUACAAGAACGCCGUGCUAGGGCCGGCGUCGGCCGUCCAGAGCCGACACGACACGCAGAUCUGGACCCACUUGUUCAAGGUGACGGUGGGCUUGCUGCGGCAGCUGCACACGCGCGAUCUCCGUCGGCAGUUCUGCCCGGACGGCCACUGGAUAGCGUCCAACGUGAUAAUCCCCAUCGACAAGCCGGAGGACUUCGCCUUCCGCAGACGCAGGCUGCGGGGAUACGUCCCUUUCCAGAGCCUGCGCGCUUUCACGCGCGAGGAACUGGAGGAAGGCCCGCCGUUGUCCGCCAAGGAAGUCCGUACGUUGACGCUGCUGCGUGAGAUUCCGUUCGUCGUGCCGUUUAACAAUCGUGUGGUGGUAUUCCAGUCGUUGAUCUACAAGGACAAGGCGGAGCAGCAGGGCGAGGUGCCGCACUUCAUGCUGCCGGCGAUACAGAUCUCCGUGCGGCGGAAUUACCUGUACGAGGACGCGUUCGAGAAGCUCUCGCCGGAGAACGAGCCGGAGCUGCGGAUGAAGAUGCGGGUGCAGCUGGUGAACACCGCCGGGCUGGAGGAGGCUGGCGUAGACGGCGGCGGUCUCUUCCGCGAGUUCCUGUCCGAGCUGCUCAAGACCUGCUUCGACCCGAAUCGGGGCUUCUUCAAGCUCACCAAGGACAACAUGCUCUACCCGAAUCCCACGGUGCAGCUGCUGUUCGACGAUUUCCCCAAGCAUUACUAUUUCAUCGGCAGGAUCCUCGGCAAGGCGUUGUACGAGAAUCUGCUGGUGGAGCUGCCGUUCGCCGAGUUCUUCCUGUCGAAAAUCGUCGGCCGCCAAUCCGACGUGGACGUGCACCACUUGGCCUCUUUGGACCCCAUCAUGUAUCGGAAUCUGCUGUAUCUGAAGAGCUACAAAGGCGACGUGGCCGAUCUCGGGCUGGACUUCACCGUGUUGUCCGACGAGCUGGGUGAGAGGCGAGUGGACGAGCUGAAGCCCAGCGGUGCCAAUAUCCCGGUGACCAAUCACAAUCGUAUCGAGUACAUCCACCUGAUGGCCGACUACAAGCUGAACAAGCAGAUCCGCUCUCAAUGCUACGCGUUCAAGCAGGGCAUCGGCAGCGUGGUGCCGCUCGAUUGGCUGCAGAUGUUCAACAACAAGGAGCUGCAGGUGCUGAUAUCGGGCGCACAGAUCCCCGUGGACGUGAACGACCUUAAGCUGCACACCAACUACACGGGGGGAUACGCGCCCGAUCAUCCGACUAUCACUGCCUUCUGGAAAGUCGUCAACGAGUUCAGCGAUCAGCAGAAGGGCCAACUGCUUAAGUUCGUCACCAGUUGCAGUCGUCCGCCUCUCCUGGGAUUUAAGGAACUCGACCCUCCGUUCUGCAUCCAGCACGCUGGUAGCGUGGACCGUUUGCCAACCUCGAGUACCUGUAUGAAUUUAUUGAAGCUCCCCGAGUUCCCGGACGAGAAGACUCUGCGCGAGAAACUUUUGUACGCGAUACAGGCCGGCGCAGGCUUCGAGCUCAGUUAGACCUCUCAAUUUACUUGGUUGCCGCCUCCGUCGGCGAUCCCGUUGGUUCGGGCUGACUGUAAAUACGACCUUCGAACUCCGAGUACACCACCAGUAGAAGAAGAGGCCGGGUACUCGUAGACGCUGUCUCUCUCCCUUUCUCCCCCUCUCUCUAUUUUGCGGAAAGACUCUGAGGAGAUACUUUCACGGGAAGCGUGCUGAAAAAUGUUAAUGUUAACAGGAGGGGCCAAUUACUAAGUUAUAACUACGGUGACCUUUACUGGUAUACUAUUCGCGACUGUGCCGUUUGUAAAGAGAAAGAAAGGAAGCAAAAACGAACAAAGAACGCAAUCUAUCUAUUGCCAUUGUGUGGUAUGCGUGUAUGUACGUAUGCAUGUGCGUGUAUGCGUGCGGAUAUUUUUCUUUCGGUUCCAACUUUUCCACCUUUGGCCUACAACUGUAAAUUCUGUACAUUUCGAUGUUUUAUAUAUUUCACCGUGAAUGUGUCCAAACAAUUUAUUAUAUAUCCACUUCGAACGCAUGUGAGAGAAUAGUUGUAUGUAUGUAUGUAUUUAUGAGACACCGUUAAGUCAGUGUAAAUAAAGUAUCUCGAAGCGUUGAA